AUGCCCUUGGCGGAGUUGCUCGCGAGCUUGGCGCUGCUCGCCAUCCUCGCGGUGUCGUUGCUGUCCAACGCGCUCGUGCUGAUCUGCUUCGCGUGCAGCCCGGAGAUUCGCAAGCAAGCCUCGUGCCUGUUCACGCUCAACCUGACCGCGUGCAACUUGCUGCUGACCGUCACGAGCAUGCCACUCACGCUGCUCGCGCUGGCCGGCCACGCGGCGCCGGGCGGAGACGGGCUGUGCCGCGCGGUCGCCUUCCUGGACACCUUCCUGAGCGCCAACACCAUGCUGACCGUGGCCGCGCUCAGCGUGGACGGCUGGAUGGCGGUGGUCUUCCCGCUCAGCUACCGGUCCAGGAUGCGGCACCGGGACGCGGCGCUCGCGCUCGCCUACGCGUGGGUGCACUCGGCGUGCUUCGCCGCGGCCGCCGCGUGCCUCUCGUGGCUGGGAUACCACAGCCUGUACGCCUCGUGCACGCUGCGCGACGCGAGCCGCGUGCGCCCCGUGGACGCCUCCGGUGUACCGUUCGCCGCCUUCACCUGUGCCUUCCACGCGCUCACGUUCCUGCUGUCGCUGGUGGUGCUGAGCGUCGCCUACCUCAAAGUGCUGCGAGUCGCGCGCUUCCACUGCAAGCGCAUAGACGUGAUAACCAUGCAGACCCUCGUGCUGCUCGUGGACAUCCACCCGAGUGUUCGUCAGCGAUGCCUGGAGGAGCAGAAGAGACGACGUCAGCGAGCCGCCAGAAAGAUCAGCACCUUCAUCGGCACCUUCGUGCUGUGUUUCACGCCCUACAUCAUCACGAGGUUGCUGGAAUUGUGGCCUGCCAUUCCCAUAAGCCACCACUGGGGGGUGCUGUGUAAAUGUUUGGUGUACAGCAAAGCGGCCUUCGACCCGUUCGUGUAUUCCCUGCUUCGGCACCAAUACAGAAAGGCCUGCACUGACAUUAUCAACCGCAUCCUGAAACGCAGGUCCAUGAACUCAGCGGAGGAGUGGAGGUGUGCCAACGGACCCAACACUGUCGUUCAGGCCGUGGAAAUACCGGGAACCUUGAAGGAACAAGCGGCCUGAAGAACUCGAGUAGUUAACGAUGAGGAGCGUCUACGCAGA